AUGGACGCGGACUGGGAUGAGGUUGCGCGCGUUCUGCUCCCCCCGCCGGGCGGGCACCCCCAUGCCAUCCCCACACCCGUCGCGACAUUGGCCUUCGAUACCAGCCAGGAGCUUCUAUGGGCUGGCAAUGAAUAUGGCCGGGUCACCUCCUUCUACGGCACCGAUCUCCAGCGAUACACAUCAUUCAAAGCACACCCCUCUUCCGAUGGCCCAGUGCGCCAGCUGCUCUUCAAUGAUAAGGGUGUCAUCGCGCUCGGCGCGAAGGGUGUUCAUAUGGCCUCGCGGAAGGGGCCGCCAAUAUGGCACAUCAGCCAUGAGGAUAUGAAGGACCUGCGAUGCAUGAGCUUCACCUCGAAGGCUACAUCCGAGAUCCUCGUUGCCGGCCUACAAGACACCAUGUUCGUGAUCGAUGUGAACAAAGGCGAGGUAGUAAAGCAGGUCCCUACAUCAGACCACUAUAUCCUCAUGAAGAAGAGCCGACACAUCUGCGCCGCCACGAAAGACGGCUACGUCAACAUCCUCGACACCACCAAGCUCAACAUCCUGCAGAAGUGGCGGGCGCAUUCCUCCUACAUCAACGACAUGGACGUGCAGCAAGACUUCAUCGUGACCUGCGGCGCCUCGUAUAAGCAGCAGGCGGCAACCACGUACAUGCUCGACCCCUACGUCAACGUCUUCGACCUCAAGAACAUGAGCGUCAUGUCGCCCAUCCCCUUCCCGCCCCUGGCGGCCUACGUCCGCAUGCACCCGCGCAUGGUCACCACGGGCAUCGUCGUGUCCCAGGGCGGCCAGAUGCACGUCGUGGACCUGCUGAACCCCAACACCAGCAACGUGCGCCAGGCUAACGUCCUGUCGUACGUGACGAUGAUUGAGAUUGCGCCCUCGGGCGAGGCCAUCGCCCUGGCUGACACCGAGUGCUACAUGCAUCUCUGGGGCUCGCCGUCCAAGAUCCACUUUGCCGAGUUUGCGACGCCGGUCGAGUUCCCGGACAGCGAGGAGCCGCAGCCGCAGAUCAGCUGGGCUGCGGACACGCCGCUGAACACCAUCGGCAUGCCGUAUUAUAGAGAGACACUGCUGUCCGCCUGGCCGAGUAACCUGAUAUCAGAUGUAGGAGCACCGCCUGCUCGAUAUGACCCGAGCUAUCUCGCCGGUCUGCAGUCAGCCGACUUUGGGCUGUACGGGAGGAACACUCGCGGUCUUCGUCGGAACCAGGUCGAGGAUACUCGCAGCUCCGACAAAUCAUCAAAUACCAUGCAAGCACCGAAGUUCUUGAGCGAGAAGGCUCGAGAGUCAGCUAAAGCGUCUGGCGCAAUGUCAGAUGCAAAGGUAGAAGAUAUCGUCGACUCGUUGACGACUACAGAACUAGAAAGCUUGAAGCCCGAUGUCCCCGGGAUGUAUCGAAAUGUCGAGAUCAAAUACAGCAGAUUUGGCGUCGAUGAUUUCGAUUUUGGCGAUCAGUGCCUCCUAUGCGAACUAGGCUAUUUGUCGGACAUGCUGCAGAAGGCUGAGGGAUCUACUUGUCAGGCUACCAACAUGUUCAAGUGCCUCACCAACCACCCCCAAGCUGGCCCGCUUGGUCUGCUCGAGGACGAUGCCAGACGCGCGCCGCUGGCUACGAUGAUACAGCACCUGACCCGGUUCCUGCUUGACAGAAUGGCGCGUGAUUUUAAUAGCAUGUCGCCAGGAAACAAUGCCAUGGAGCAGGUUCUGGCUACCUCUGCACUAACGUCGAUUCGAUGCAUGAAUUGCAGGAGUGAGACUACGAGGCCUGGGUCAACAUAUGUGAACGAGUUGCUCUACCCUGCAAAUAAGAAUUCUCGGGGUGGAAGAGCUACUAAAAUUACAUUCUCCCAAGUGCUGAAGGCCAGUGUUGAGCGAGAGACUACCAACAAGGGCUGGUGCAACCGAUGCAACCGGUAUCAAUCUCUCGCAACGCGCAAGACCAUUCACAGCGUCCCCGCAGUCUUGACGCUCAACGCGCAGGUCUCGUCGGCGGAGCACAGGAUGCUGUGGGCAACCCCAGGAUGGCUACCGGAGGAAAUUGGGAUCAUAGUGGAUCAAGGCCAGUUCUUCUGCUACGAAGGGGAAGACCUCAAGCUGCAUCUGCAGCGAGGCAUCCAUAACAUCAUGGUGUAUUCGCUCGUUGGCCUAUCGGUCAACAUCGAGUGCUCGCCGCCUCAGAAGCCGCAUCUUGUGGCUAUGGUCAACGUCGCUCAUGCGGAGCCGACCCCGCCGGCGGAGAGCCAGUGGCAUCUGUUUAACGACUUCUCCGUUCGCGGAGUGUCCAAGCAGGAAGCUCUGACUUUCAACACGGGCUGGAAGACGCCUUCGGUCUUGAUGUAUCAGCUCAAGGCAGCGAACAACCAGCUAGACACGGAGUGGAGGAGCAAGUUGGACACGUCCAUCUUGUCUCUAGACUUGAAGUCCAACGCGGGAGAGAAGACGUACCGUGUCCUGGAUUUGGCCACAGAAAACCCUGGCCCUGACACUAUAAUUGGCAUCGAUACCGAGUUCGUUGCCGUCAAACAGCCUGAGAUUGAGAUGAACUCGGAGGGCGAGCGCGAGACUAUUCGCCCAAUGAUUUACGCCCUUGCCCGAGUAUCUGCGGUCCGUGGAAUGGGCGAGGACGAAGGACUGCCAUUCAUCGACGACUACAUCGAGAUCAAGGAGCCGAUAUCUGAUUACCUGACGCUGUAUUCGGGUAUCACUCAUGGCGAUCUUGAUCCGCGUACCACAAGGCACAAUCUCGUGUCUUUGAAGAUUGCUUAUAAGAAGCUCUGGAUUCUGCUCAACCUUGGCUGCAAAUUCCUUGGACAUGGUCUGAAACAGGAUUUCCGCGUCAUCAACAUCCAAGUCCCGAAAGCACAGAUCAUCGACACAAUCAACCUCUUCUUCCUGCAGUCUCGGCUGCGGAAGCUCUCUCUCGCCUUCCUGGCCUGGUAUCUGCUCAAGGAAGACAUCCAGCUCGAGACGCACGACUCGAUCGAGGAUGCCAGGACGGCGCUGAAGCUGUACCGGAAGUAUCUGGAGUUUGAGGACGCGGGGAUCCUGGAGCCCAUGCUCCAGGAUAUCUACCGUGCCGGCAGGGACACGAACUACAAGCCGCCGCGGAAGGAUGACAUGCCUGUGCAGCGGACGGACACGCCGCCGAUACCGAUUGAGGGCGGGCCCGGCCCGUCGACGCCGGCGAGACGGGCGGCUGCGGUGCCCCCGACGUCGUUUGGGAAUAGUGCGGCGUUUACGCCGGGGAAGGGGUCUCCGUUGAGAUAG